GCUGCUCGGCGUCAGUCUCCUACGGUACUGCCCCUCGCUCGGAGCACGAUGCCUGGGAUCGUGCAGUGAAACCUGGAGCUUUGCGCUCCUAACCCGGCAAGGAGAAAUGACUCUUUACUAAAGGACUUUUACAAGCAAGAUCUCUACUGAAAAAAAGAACUGAUCCAGUUGACCGUAUAAUGGGCACCUCGAACGAAGAGAUGGUCUCAGCGGAGCAGAACCUGAAUCCACUCUGCUUUGAAUGCGGCCAGCAGCACUGGACAAGAGAGAACCACUUGUACAAUUAUCAGAACGAGGUGGACGAUGAUUUGGUUUGCCAUAUUUGCCUUCAACCCUUGCUACAGCCAUUAGACACACCUUGUGGUCACACAUUCUGCUAUAAGUGCCUACGAAACUUUUUGCAAGAGAAGGAUUUCUGUCCCUUAGACCGCAAAAGGCUCCAUUUUAAAUUGUGCAAAAAAUCUAGCAUCCUUGUUCACAAACUGCUCGACAAGCUCUUGGUGCUGUGUCCCUUUUCUUCAGUAUGCGCAGAGGUCAUGCAGAGAUGUGAUCUGGAAGCACACCUGAAAAACAGGUGUGCUGGGGCUUCCAAUCGAAGGGCUGCCUUGGAGAGAAGGAUGAACAGCAAGUUGCAGGCAGCCACUGAAAGUGAAAAUGAGAACGCCAUGAUCGAUCGCCUGGACUCCCACUCACCUGAAGCAGAGCACGCUGGCACUGGGAUGACAUCAGUGGAGCAGAACAUGACGUCCGCGACAGUUUCGGUGUGGACAGAUGAGUCUGGAGUUGAUAACCCUGCUUUUGAGGAGAACAUAGGAAUGGAGACAAUCCAUCAGCCAUCAAGUUUACCGGAAGGUGAGAUCACCACCAUUGAAAUUCAUCGGUCCAAUCCUUAUAUUGAAUUGGGAAUUAGCAUAGUGGGUGGCAAUGAAACACCUUUGAUCAACAUUGUUAUUCAAGAGGUUUAUCGUGAUGGGAUCAUUGCCAGAGAUGGAAGGCUCCUUGCUGGAGAUCAAAUACUGCAGGUGAAUAACUUUGACAUCAGUAACGUGUCUCACAACCAUGCCAGGGCCAUCCUUUCCCAGCCCUGUACAUCGCUGCAUCUCACUGUCCUCCGAGAGAGACGAUUUGUAAGCCGAACACACAAUCAUAGCGAUAGCCCUUCCCAGCGAGAGGAUAGCUUCCAUCUGACCUUACACAAGCGAGACUCCAGCGAGCAGCUUGGCAUUAAGCUGGUGCGCAGAACAGAUGAGCCAGGAGUAUUUAUUCUGGACCUGCUGGAAGGGGGGUUGGCUGCUCAGGAUGGCCGACUCUGUAGCAACGACAAAGUGUUGGCUAUCAAUGGACAUGACCUGAAGCAUGGCACACCUGAACUGGCUGCUCAUAUUAUCCAGGCCAGUGGCGAGAGGGUGAACUUAACCAUUUCCAGGCCCACCAAGUCCCAAAUUGUAAGCAUUCUCAGAGAUGGAGGAACCCAUCUCACCAGUCAUCAUCAAUCCUAUCAGCUAUAUCACAGCAACAGGCCAAGCCCACAUAAGGAUCUCUCACAAUGUGUGACUUGCCAAGAGAAGCAUAUCACAGUGAAGAAGGAGCCCCAUGAGUCCCUUGGCAUGACAGUAGCAGGAGGUCGAGGCAGCAAAAGUGGGGAAUUGCCAAUAUUUGUUACAAGUGUACAACCUCACGGCUGUUUGGCAAGAGAUGGCAGGAUCAAAAGAGGUGACGUGUUGAUGAAUAUUAAUGGCAUUGAUCUGACCAAUCUGAGUCACAGCGAAGCUGUGGCUAUGCUCAAAGCCAGUGCUGCUUCCUCGGUCGUUGCUCUGAAGGCUCUAGAGGUCCAGAUUGCAGAAGAGCAGCCCCAGGCCAAUGAUGAGCAGCCGAGCACCAUCAGUGAGAAUGAAUAUGAUGCUAGCUGGUCCCCUUCUUGGGUUAUGUGGUUAGGACUUCCAAGCUGCCUGCAUAGUUACCAUGACGUUGUGCUAAGAAGGAGUAAUCUAGCCAGCUGGGGAUUUAGCAUUGUUGGUGGCUAUGAGGAAAAUCACACAAACCAGCCUUUCUUCAUUAAAACAAUUGUUAUAGGGACACCAGCAUAUUUUGAUGGAAGACUCAAAUGUGGUGAUAUGAUUGUUGCUGUCAAUGGACUUUCAACCAUGGGUAUGAGCCAUUCAGCGCUGGUUCCUAUGUUAAAGGAACAGAGAAAUAAAGUAACAUUGACUGUUAUCUGCUGGCCAGGAAGUCUUGUAUAACGUGCAAAGAACAUAUACAUUGGUUGAAGCAGCUUUUUUUUUUUUUUAAAUAGCUGGCUCGACUUUUUCAGGCAAAGCUGUGUCUCCCCACUCCCCCUUUUCUACUACUGCAGCUGGUAUUAAGCUGGGCCAAACAAUUGCUACCUUCAUAUUUGACAAAUGUGUGUAAACAGGGGGUGCGUGGGAAAGGAAGAUUUUUUUAAAACUAUACUAUGAUGUUCUUCCCAUCCUAAAGUAGACAUUUCUAUCGAGUUUUGUUUAUUAUUAUUUUGUUCAUUCCUCAUUGUUAUGUCAUUGCAGUAUCCAUGUGCAUAUACUUCAGUUUCUUGGUUGGCUUAAGGAGGUCAGCCUAGUCCAACAAUUGUUAUGGGGGCAGGACUGAACUGAGCCCUGGUGCCAACGUACUGGCAUGUUAGCUACCUGCUAGGCCGAUCUCUGCAUUGUUAAACCCAGGUGCAAAUGUAUAACCUGGAGACCGCAGGUUAAUGACAAAUGACACGAAAGGCCUUCUGCAUAAGAGAUGGUUAUCCUGUAAGCUGCUUCCUAUUUAGGCUUUCAGCUUUGCCCACGGAAGGCACACCUGGAACCCUUAGUUUCAAUUGUUAAAAUGUGUUGCUGCGUUAAGAUUUCAUAGAUUAACGGUCUACCUAUUUUUCCUUACAUUUCGGUAUUCUUCCGUUUAUAUGAGAGCCUGAGCAAUUCUUUGUGCUAUGACUGCCACAGAGAAGCUGCAGGAAGUAAUUCUAGGUAGCACAUGCUCCAUAUAAUAGUCUUAACCCAUAAGAAGGCCCAUUGCCCCAAGGUUACAGUUGGUUUUCCUAUUAUCAAAUGCAUCGGGCAGCAGGGAGUGGUGGAAAGAAAGAAAAUGGUUGUCGGCCAUUGCCCAACAGAAGUAUUUAUGGCAUCGUAAUUAUAAUGUACCAAUUUGUCCCUGGCUACAUGUAAUCAGCAAGCCCAUGUUUCACGUGAAGCAUGAGAGUAGCUUGUAAGAACCCCUGGUAGCAUAAAUAGUUGCCCCCAAGGCUGAAACUGCAAUCAGUAUUAUUAUCUAAGGCAUGCACUGAUGCAUGACCAACCUAUGAAAGCGGCAUCAAAUGCAGAGCAGUGCUUUGCUUAUAGGCAGGUAUCUUUUGUGAUAAUUCCAAACCCUGUAAUCUGAAUAAAUUAUGAGAACUUGCCAUUAUGUCUGCAUUUUCUGUUUUGCAUAAUUUAUUCCUCCAUUAAGUCUUCAUUGUGUAUUUGCAUUAUCAUUGGACAAGGCAUAGGGUACAAUGGAGCUUCUGCCACAGGAAGCUUGGCUCACCCAUUCCCCGGCUUUCAAGAUUCAUGAAACAAUAGGGCAGGAAGGGACUUUGGAAGCUAGUCUUCUAGGCCUAACUAGAAUGAAUAACCAACUGUUGUUGAGAACCUCUAGAGUUGGAGCACUCACAACUCCAGGAAUCAGGAUAUUCUUCCUAAUUUUAAAUUUGGAUCUCUCUUUGUGAAGCUUCCAGCUUUUAGCUCUUGUCCCAUCCUCUGGCACUGCAAGGUAUAAAUGUAUAUCCUCUUCCCUAUGUUAGCCCUUCUGGCAUUGUACAUUUUUGUGUCUCUCCUUAACUUUAUCUUCUUUAGGAGAAACAUCCCUUAUCCUUUUAAUUGUUCUUGAUAGGAUUUAAUUGCCAAACCCCUCAUCAUCUCUUGUUCUUUGCUGCCUUCUUUUCAAUUCUUGUAGAGUGGCAGCCAAUCCAGAUACAUUAUUCUAGUUGUAAUCUGAUCAGGGCCAGCCCAUGAUAGAACUGUCUUUUCCCACAAUCUCAAGACUAAACCUCUGUUGAUGCAGCCUAAGGUGGCAUUGACUCUUUGGGCAGUUGCCGCAGUACAUUGUUGGCUCUUACUUAAUCUGUGGUCUACUAGGAUACCCAGAUCCUUCUCACCAAUACUACUUUCAAAGCAAAUACCACCAGUAUUGUAUUUGUGCAUUUGGUUCUUCUUCUCCUUAAUUGCAGAACCUUACAUUUCUGAACAUUGAACUGAAUUUCAUUAAAAGGGCUCAAUAUACAAAUCAAUACCCUUUGACCCUUGAGCUGGUCUUCUAAUGUAUUACCAAUCUCUCCUCUCGGCUUUGUGUCAUCUGCAAAUCUGCUUAGCAUCCGUUCUAUGGCUUGCCCAAGUCAUUUGUAACAAUGCUGAAGAACGCUAGGUCCAGAAUAGAAUUCUGAAGCACCUUGGUCUACUAGGGACCAUGAAUUGGGUACUGUUGUUCAACCAACAGUGAAUCCAUCUGAUAAUAGUGCCAUCGCACUCCAGAACAGUUCUAGUUUAUGUAAAAGAAAGCCAGGGUCAACUAUAUCAGACAGGGGAGCAUUGCACCAAAUAUAUUUCUUUUACCAUAAGCUCCAGAUUUUUUUAAAGUAAAAGAUUGUAGUGAUGAAUGAAAGUGAAGGUACAGAAUGUAUAAUGGCUCUUCAUGAAGUGUAUACAAGUAGAUAUAAUAUAAAGUCUUUCAAAAGAGUGAUGCUUUAAGAAAAUCUAUAUAUAAUUUUAUUUGCCUAUUACAGUUCUUGGGAAAUGGUCGUUUAGAUCCUGCCACUUCUCUCUUUCAUUAAGGAGAUUUAGUAGUAGAAACCUAGCUACUUAAGGUGUAUGAUUUGUAGACUCCAUAGUCCCGUUUAAAAGAGCAUAUAUUUAUGUGCGUCUCAAUAUUCCUAAUCCCUACAAAAUGUAUUUGAACUUCUUUCCAUCCCGACUGUGUUCACUGAGUAGGACCAAAGCCUACUUUUUAAAAAAAAGAAAAUGGAACUGCAAUAAUUGGAUUAUUUUUUGAAUAUUUCGUGUAUAAAGGGGGUUGUACCCUUCAAUAAAAUGUAAUGUGGGUAUGAUAACAGUGCUGGCAACAGUAACAAAAAUUAAUUGGGGGCGACAUUAGUUUGAUCUGCAAUAUUAACAUGCAUUGAUAAUUGCUGUCCAAAGUGAAUGUUUUGCUAUGUAAAAAAAAUGUUUUUCUAAAAACCAUUUUUACACUUUAUACUGCAGCUAAUUGUAGCUUUCUUGUGUGUCUUAUAUGCAAAAGCUGAGAAAUAAUUUAGACAAGGGAAAAACUAUCACUAGGAGUGCUGUGUUGCAAUUUCAAGAAGUCUAAUGGGGUGAAGGAACCCGACACCCAUAACUGGGAGAAAGAAUGGUAUUUUCCCUCAUUAUUUUUGUCUCCUGAUAAAAGCCCAGAUGCCUUUACCUAAAAUGCCGAAACAACCUAUGUUGUUUAUGUAGUUGUUUCCUUAAUUAUUUACCUUCUCUGAGCUGAGGACAGCUAGUUUGUUUUAUACACAGAUUCACACUUACAUUCUAAGAUAAACUUCUACCAUAGGUAGUUGGACAAUAUGGACAUGCUUUUGUGAAGCACUGAAUGUUGGCUUUCAAAUGAAUUCAGAUUUCCUCUGCGAAAGUCAUUUGGCCUACUUGAAAGUAGUCUAAUUCAUAAUGGUUAAGUAUGUUUAGAAUGAUCUGUGUAUUAUAAUGCUAGUAUUACUUAUCUGAGAAUGUAUUUUAUCCUCAUAUCUAUUUAAUAUGGGCAUGCAUUUUUCCUGCUUCUCUUCACUCCCAUAUUUGAGACAUUCUAAUAUAAAAUAAUAUGGCAUGUCUUUUUGAGUUCUUUGCUCUAAAGAAAGCAGUCAGACUUUGAUAUAUUUUUAAAAAAACCAACACAACAAAUAUGAUUUUACUUCUGUCCUGUGCAAUGCUAAAUCUUAUGCUUUCACACUGUAGAGCCAUACGGUAUUGCUGUGUUUAAUAAUAUCCAUCAAGGAUGGGAAUUUAUUCAGCGCAGUCAGAACUGCAGUGAAAAUUCCCAUUUGUGCACAGACCAAAGUCCAAAGAACUUCCUGGGGUUGCAUAAGGAAUGUUGUAUCUUCAUGGAUUUUUUUCUGUCUCUGAUGCUAUAUUGCAUGUUGCGUUUGGAAUUCUCUGUUUCCAAAGCAAUUGAUGUGAUACAUAGGAGGAGAUCCCACCAUUGCAAAACUUUUUACAUUCUAGAAGGUUAUUGCUACUGUGUAUGUAGCCUUCCAUAUUUGGUGUAAUAAAAUGCCCCCCCCCUUCGUAAAGAAUCCCAUUGUGAAAUCCCUUGAAGAUGGGAUACACUUCAGGAGCCAGCAGCCACAGCAGUCAGGAUUAUGAAGAGAGAAAUAUGGCUGUGGUAAGAAGAUAUCACUGUAAAAUAGAGAGCUAAUGAUGAUGUACCAUCAUUAUGGGCACAUUCAAAAUAGAAAGAUUGAAGGGUAAGCCUUAAUGUUUGUCCAAUAAUAAGCAACUAUUUUCCCUUCCUUGAGUGAAUGAUGGGAUAUAUUUUUUCUGUUUUAACUGUGUAAACAAAGCUUUGCAUUUUACUGCAAGUUACCCUAAAGGCUAAUGAGGAACAUAGUUGUUCUGUAUUCAGCACAUGCCAUUUGGAAUUAGGCCAUUGCACUGAAUGCUCAGGCGAAACCAUUAUCUCAUGCAGUGGCAAAGAGUACCAUAGACUUUGUGCUAGGAUUUUGUACUAUCGAUUACCAUCUCUAUUAAUAGAAGCUGGUACCAGGUGGGUUCUCUUAUCCUUGCCCUAUUUUUUUUUUUGCUGACAUGUUAUUUCAAUUUCUUUAUUAUUCUCAUGUAUAUCAUUGGGUUGAUUCUUUAGUGCCUUCUGUCUUAAACUAUACCAUACAGUGAAUUCCAGUGCUGUGGUAUUAACUGAAGGAUAAGAGAAAAAUAAAAAUGAGUUUUUCUUUUGCA